GUGCUUUUUAGGAGCAUGGCGGCCUUUCUUGCAGCACCGCAGGUGCACCAUGUAGGCCUCCAAUCCAGGAAUGUGGAGAAGGGCGAAGUGCAGAUGUGGCUGCACCCCGGCCCCAGCAUCCUCUCAGGAGCUUCUCCCAGCAGCUUUCAACUGAGCACGGCUGGUGCCGUGGCUGUCCUGGCUGUCGCGCAGAGGAGGCGUGUAGCCAGGGCAGCCGAGGAGACAAAGAAGAAGACAAGAAGCAUCGCCAAGGAGACCCUGGCGAGGUUGCGCUCGCGGUCACCCCGCACCACUCCCAAGGGACAGGCCAAGAAGAAGAUGCCACCCGCCCCCGAUCCCUAUGAGCUGGAUGAGGAGGGCCGCAAGAUCUUCCCGUGGCCCAAAUCCUUUGCCGAGAUCGUGCAGACUUCCUUGUUCUCGACCAUGAAUCUCAUCAUGGAGGGGGAGACCCGCAUUGAGGUGUGCUUUCCGCCCCUCCCCCUGGCAGACUUGGACUGGAACAUCUGUGAUUUAACUGAGACGCGGAUUGUGGAUGCCAACAUUCAGCACGCCAUCGCCUUUGCGAAGCUCAUGGUGAAGGACAAGCGUGCCUUUCCGCAGCUCAAUGCGGAGGAGGCCUUGAAGAAAGCACAGGAGGGAGCUCCAGUACAAGAGCCGGACAAGAUCAAAGGGCUUUUGGAGCGACGCUUCAAGAAGAAACCCGAGGGCGACUUGGGUCGUACUGCCAGGAUAAUCAUGGACAACUGCUUGGGUCUAACCCGGACGGCCAUGGCCAUCUCUGGCAGAUGUGGCUGGCAGGAUGCUGAGGAAAUCACAGAAGAUGAAAUAGAACUCAGGUUCCAGCAGAUGAUUCCACUAGUUGCUCAGCAGAUUGCACGGAUGGAGGUGACAAGUCCCGAGGUUGUAAGGGUCACACCUGUCUUCCGAACCUUUGAGAAGGGUGCUGUCGCCUUUCGAACGGAAUGUACUGGUGACUUCUAUUUCAAGAGUGAGAGGAAGAAGAUCAUAACGCUCAUCACCAUUUACAACGGCCCGGCGGCGUCCGUCUUGGGCAUGCUCUCGGCUCUUGUGAUGAUGCUGCUGUUCUGCUUGGACCUCCUUCCGAGCUUGGACCGGGGCAGGACGGGCGAAUAUCCCAUUGGAUACUCGUGUUGGUCGCUUUGGGCUGGUUUCCUGGUCACCUCUCUCGCGAUGAUACUGUGGCGACCUCAAAGUCGUGUAUUCUUGGACCGCAUUUGCAUCAGCCAAACUGACGUGGCCUUGAAAACUCAAGCGAUUUUUAGCCUGGCCGGGUUGCUGAAAAAGUCGGAUUCGAUGCUCAUUCUAUGGGAUCCAAGUUGGACUGAGCGGCUGUGGUGUUUGUUUGAGCUUGCAGCCUUCUUGCAGAGCAAAAAAGAUCUCAAAAAGGAACUGAUCAUCAGGCCAACCUUUCUUGGGCCGGUUCAUAUUGCAGUUUUCUUGACUUGUGUUGCUGGCAUGAUUCCUCUCACGAUGGCACCGAUGGAUGUUAACUCUGGACCCACUUCAUUAGUCGUCCCUUCGAUUUUCGUUUGCGCAUCUGGCUUCGCAGCUUUCUAUGUGGCCAUGAGCACUCUGCGCAGAUAUUUCCGAGAUCUGGACAUCAUGAAACAGCAGCUGCUGUCCAUCUCUUUUGAUACCGCUCGCAGUAGCUGUUGCGACACGAACCAUGUCGCCGAAUCGGGAGCCCCAGUCUUUUGUGACCGGAGGAUUGUGAAGGAAUGCGUGAAUGUGUGGUUCGGGAGCGAAGAAGCCUUUGAGAACAUCCUGCGUUCAGAGAUCUUGGCCAUUUUGACCCAUGACUUGACGGAGCGGAUUUUCAGCACCAAGUCGAGUCUUGCAAUGUUCAUGCCGCUGAUGUGGGGCUUGAUGGACAUCUCAGCAAGUGAGUGGCAGCUGCCUGCAAAAGAGUUCUGGCAGAGAUCAGCUCUGGCCUUCUUGCUUCAUGGUUUGAGCAUUUGGCUGGUGUUCAUGCCCAUGUUGAAGGAUGUGCUCAUCCUGGUUGGAAAGUUGACACGGAGGAGACCGAAGAGUCAGUGCCUUGAAGUCAUGAAGAAUUUUCUGAGCUCCUGCACUUUGAUAGUGCCAUGUGCGAUCGUGAUGGCAACGUAUGCCUUUUCGUUUUCCUUGACCACGCUCCUUCCCAUUGAGCGUGCGGCAGUCUUUCUGGGCUGCAUCCUGUGCUAUUCCAUGGUCACUUGGUGCCUGACCAUUGCUAUCAAGGCCGCCUUGAAAGGAACAUGA